AUGGCUCUGAGGAUGCUCUGGGCUGGACAGACCAAAGGGAUCCUAGGAGGCUGGGGGAUCAUCUGUUUGGUGAUGUCUCUUUUCUUGCAGUACCCAGGAGUCCACAGCAAGUGUUACUUCCAAGCUCAAGCCCCCUGUCACUAUGAGGGGAAAUAUUUCACCUUGGGUGAGUCUUGGCUCCGCAAGGAUUGUUUCCAUUGCACCUGUCUGCAUCCUGUUGGUGUGGGCUGCUGUGACACGUCUCAGCACCCCAUCGACUUCCCUGCUGAGUGUGAGGUACGUCAAGAGGCAGGAACCUGCCAGUUCUCCCUGGUGCAAAAAUCAGACCCUCGGCUGCCCUGCAAAGGGGGAGGACCCGACCCAGAGUGGGGCUCAGCUAACACCCCUGUUCCUGGGAUUCCUGCUCCUCACUCCGGCUAA